AUGACAGACCCUACUCAACCAAAGAAACAAAAGAUAGAGGCACAGCCUCCAAGACCUCAAAAUAUUGGUAUCAAAGGUAUUGAGAUUUAUAUUCCUUCACAGUGUGUCAAUCAGACGGCUUUGGAGUCUUACGAUGGGGUGUCUCAGGGGAAGUACACCAUUGGGUUGGGGCAGACGAACAUGGGAUUUGUUUCGGAUAGGGAGGAUAUCUAUUCGAUGUGUUUGACGGUAUGUUCUCGGUUGUUAAAGAACUACGGUAUUGAUGCCAAGAAUAUUGGUAGGUUGGAAGUUGGUACUGAAACGUUGUUGGACAAAUCCAAGUCUGUGAAAUCUGUGCUAACACAGUUGUUUGGAGAGAAUUCGGAUAUGGAAGGGAUCGAUACGAUUAACGCUUGUUACGGUGGUACUAAUGCGUUGUUCAAUUCGUUGAAUUGGGUCGAAUCCAGCGCUUGGGAUGGGCGGGACGCUAUUGUGGUGUGUGGUGAUAUUGCGAUUUACGACAAAGGCGCUGCGAGACCCACUGGUGGAGCCGGCACAGUUGCUCUUUGGAUCGGUCCGGAUGCUCCUAUUGUUUUCGACUCAGUGAGAGGUUCUUACAUGGAGCAUGCGUACGAUUUCUAUAAACCAGAUUUCACGAGUGAAUAUCCGUAUGUAGAAGGUCAGUUCUCUUUGAUCUGUUACGUCAAGGCUUUAGAUCAGGCUUACAGAGCUUAUUCUAAGAAGGCCGUCGACAAGGGUCUGGCAGAAAAUCCUGCUGGCCCAGAAGCCGUUGGCGUUGCAUCUUUCUUUGAUUACAACGUCUUUCACGUGCCAACUUGCAAAUUGGUCACUAAGUCCUACAGCAGGUUGUUGUACAAUGACUUUAGAGCUAACCAAUCCUUGUACCCAGACGCUGACGCUGAACUAGCUCAAGUUGACUACGAAUCCUCCUUAACUAGCAAAGCCAUAGAAAAGGUCUUUCUGAACAUUGCUAAACCACUACACGCAGGGAAGGUUGCACCUUCCUUGAUUGUCCCUACUAACACCGGGAACAUGUACACCGGUUCCCUCUACGCCGCAUUGGCAUCUCUUCUAUUCUACGCCGGGAGUGACGCUCUACAGGGUAAGCGUAUCGGCAUGUUCUCUUACGGCUCCGGCCUAGCCGCUUCGUUGUUCAGUGCAAAAGUUGUGGGUGACGUCAAAUACAUUACCAAGGUUUUGGAUCUUGACCAAAAACUAAACUCGAGAACAACUGAAACCCCACAAGAAUUCGAGAGGACUAUAGGCUUAAGAGAACAGGCCCACUUGAAGAAACCAUACACUCCCAAGGGCUCCAUAGACUUAUUGCAACCUGGCACGUAUUAUCUAACCGGUGUUGACGAUAGAUUCAAGAGAUCUUACGCGAUUAAGGAGUGA